AGAAAAGCCGCCUAAACCUUGUUCCGGGCUUUGCCGAAGCAUCCACAAACACAAUCGCUGACUGUUCUAGUUCUUCUAAGGGAAAAAAAUGAACUCGAACUCGAACGCUGCAAUGACUUUCUCGACAACCAAACAGCCUCCACAACUGAGCCUUCAUCAAGCCUUCAACACCUUUCAAAACCAGUUCUCCGCCUUCCUCCGGCACUUCUCUCACCAUCCCCUGUUCAAACCCAAUACUCCCUCCGUUCCGGACCCUGCAAAACGCGUCCUUGAAGCUCCUUUUUUGCGCCUGAACUCAUUUUCUCUGCCCUUUUAUAAAAACCCAGUUUGGGCUAGUAUGACGCAGGCCCUAUCAGGCGGCGGCAGCAUGUCCACUGAAGCCAUUGAAGAGAGAUUGGCGGGUAUUCCCGUUUAUGCACUGAGUAAUAGUAAUGAGGAAUUCGUGUUGGUUUCGGGAGCUUCGAAUAGGAAGUCUCUUGGGCUAAUUUGUUUCAAGAAAGAGGACGCUGAGGCUCUUCUUGAACAGAUGAGGAGCAUGGACCCUCUAAUGAGAAAAGAAGGCUCUAAAGUGGUUCCGGUUGCUUUGAACAAGGUUUGCCAACUUAAGGUUGAUGGGGUGGCGUUUAGGUUAAUACCAGAGGCUACUCAAAUCAAGAAUGCACUUAAGGAGAGGGAAAAAGCUGGAUUAUUAGGGGAUGGCUUCUCUGGGGUACCAGUUUUCCAGUCAAGGAGUCUGGUACUGAGAAGCCAAAACAAAAGCUAUCGUCCAGUUUUCUUUAGAAAGGAAGAUUUAGAGAAGUCACUUCAAAGAGCAUCCCAACAGCAGAAUAAGUUAAAUCCUGCUUUCAGAAAGGGUGAUAUUCAGGUUGCUGUUUUUGAGGAAAUAAUUAAAGGGAUGAAGGAUAGUAAUAAUUCAACAUGGAAUGAUAUUAUUUUCGUCCCGCCUGGUUUUGAUGUUUCGACGGUCCCCACCGAGCCAUAGCCAACUUGAGAGAUGUGGCUGAUGACAUUUUAGACGAAAUUGUCAAUUUGUCAUGCAAUUUUUGUCUUUGAAGUUAAUUACUAGUGAAAAACUUGUACCAUUACCUCUUUUUUGUUUUGUUAGAUUUUUAUUGACGAUUAUCUUGUGUAUUCUACUGGAAAUAUAUGUGAAAAAGUAAUAUUAUACUUACAAA